AUGAGUAUGAGAAGCUCGUCGAUCAAAAUGUGAGCAAAGAGAAGUGCAUGCUGGUAGUGGUCGAGACCUACACGUAGAUCUACGCGUACCGUGUCGACUGAAUAAUAUUUUCCUACCGGAUCCAUGGUGCAUAUGCAUGGGGACUUGACGACGUGCAUAGCGCAUGCCGCUUUCCGAUCGGACGGACAUGACAGCAGCGCACGCAGAGACCUGCAGAUUCCGGUUCCGCGACGCUAUUACAGAAUCACCACACGUAGAGUCUACACCCGGCCAACACGAGGACUUUAGGACAUGGCUGAUAGCACCGUGAAGAAAGACUCUACAUCACCGACUGGAAUGAUGAGUCUGAGUAGUGAACAGAAUGCUGUUGCAGACAGGAGUAAAGUUGGCGGGGACUCUACCGCACCACUACUGAACCAAGUAGACAAUGUGGACGGUGACAGAAAUCUCCACGCAUCGACGAGUAACGCGGUCACCUCCCAGGAACCCUGCAUUGCCGACAUGACGCGCAAGCGUAGGGAAGUGAUGACGUUCUUUGUGUGCUUGGCCGUCGUGACCAGCUGCAUCAACCUGUCGCAGCUGGGCCCGUUCAUGUUCAGCGCCGCUCUGGCCAGGCACCCUGGCGGUGGUGCAGGCUAUCACACCGCUAUCGGCGCCAUCUUUAGCAUGGUGCAGGUUGGCGUGGUCGUAUCCAGUCCGUUCAUCACCCACGAUCUGCCAAACAUCGGCAGUAAGCAGCUGCUGGUUCUGGCCGCGUGCGUGCACGGCGUCUUCUCCAACCUCUUCUCCUCACUCCACUGGAUCCGCGACUGGAAAGUGUUCCUGGCCUAUGCGUACGUCAUGCGUUUUGUGCAGGGGGUGGCGUUUGCGGCCACCACCAUCGGUGCGCAGACAUACCUGACACGCAUUCACCCCAGCAACCUGGGCCUGGUCAACUCCCUGAUGAUCAUGAGCGGCGCAUUGGGUCACGUGAUCGGCGCGGUGCUCUCCGGGGGUCUGCACGACAUCGGUGGCUUCCCACUUCCGUUCUACGUCACUGGAGCUAUUGCCUUGCUGGGGGCCAUAUGUCUUGCACUGAUCGUAUUCGAUGUGGAUAGGCUGCUGCCCGCAGAGCAGGCCGCCGAUGGCAAGACAGGCGGUGGCGUGAGUAUUAGGUGCGUGCUCCGCGUCCCAUGGAUAUGGUUUUUGCUGUUGCAGGUCGUUGCCUCAAACUUUGCCUUCAGUUCUGUCUCGAGCCUGCUGGGUUAUUACAUGAAGUCUGAGUUUCAUGUACGGUCUGUUAUCAGAGGCUUGGCUAUUGGCUCGCAGGUAUUUUUCCAGGUCGUGUCUGCGCCCAUUGUGGGCAAACUAAUCGAUCGUGGCUUCAACUGCUACUUGCUGGUGCUGCUCGGGCUACUGCUGAGCGUCGCCGGCUGUCUGCUUAUCGGACCGUCGGCGUUCCUGCACUUGCGUCCGUCUCUGGCGCUGGUGUUUGUCGUGACAAUACCGAUGGGUGCGGGGCAUUCCCUGAUGGCGGUGGCCAGCCUCGUUGCCAUGACGCAGCACCUGGAGAUGAUCGGCGUAGGCAGUGCCGUGGAUACACGCUUUGCCGUGGCCGGCCUGGCUCGGUUCUUCCUGUCCGCUGGCCACGGCAUGGCUCCGUUGGUGAUGAGCCCGCUGGUUGCCGUCCUGGAUUUUCAGACAGCCUUCACCAUCCUGGCGUUUGUGUACCUGGCCCUAGCCGGUCUCCUCGUCGUGCUCAAGUGGCUAGAUAUCAUCGUGGGAAGGGUGAAGUCGCGCUUCCACUUGUGCUGUGCUGAUCAGCACCGUGCAGCAGCUAUUGCAGAGCCUGGCGAAAACCCUUUCGGUGAUGGCACGGAACUGCAGCCACUGAAGUACCACUGAUAGUCUCAUACCCAUCAUGCCAUGGCGGUACUAACUUAUUACUAGAACAGCUACACGUAUGCUAGAGCGCUUUAGCGGGUUGUAACUUUGAUAGAAAUUUGCUGAGAUUUAUGUGUGAGACCUUUAGAAUUUCUGGACACACGACAAAUGUCGGAAAUUUUUCCAGAACGAUUAGUGGUGUAAUACUUUUGCAACUUGUGAUAUUUUGGGACCGCUGAUCUGAAAUCAGAAACUUGUAGGUGCUUGGCAUGUUACGUAUGCAGGAGACAGAGGCUUGGUUAGGUGAGCAGCAUAAUUCUUUUCUAAGGUCACGUAGCGCGGAACUGUUCUCACUGGUUGUCACCAUGAAGAUUACGUGUGUAUCGGUGAUUGUGCGGUGACAUUUUAUCUAUUCUAGCGAUGAAAAUGUACAGUAAUCAUUGUUUUUUGUAAUCGCAGUAUCCUUGUUUCACACAGUUAUACACCACUACCCAAAAACAGUCUCUCGGCUACAAAUUCUGCACACCCUGAAGAAGGUGAUAGCAGCACCCUGCCAUGCAAAUUAUAAAUUCCAUUAUUUUCAUAUUAUUUUUAUUAUUCUCGUAUCCGUUCCCAAGGGGA